GUCAUCCUUGUGCUCACCUUCCGCAAGCUCGACUGCGAGUAUUCCUGGGACGAUAUCUAGAUACCCAGUUGCAUUAAUUGAACAGGGGUCUCGACAAUGUCUUCUCGGGUGCUUGUCGGAGUUAAGCGGGUCAUUGACUAUGCUGUUAAGAUUCGUGUGAAGCCAGACCGCAGUGGAGUUGUGACAGAUGGCGUGAAGCACUCCAUGAACCCCUUCUGUGAGAUCGCCGUCGAGGAGGCCGUCAAGCUCAGGGAGAAGAAGCUGAUCAAAGAAGUGGUGGUAGUCAGCUGUGGUCCACAGCAAGUUAUGGAGACCAUUCGCACAGCAUUGGCCAUGGGAGCAGACCGAGGCAUCCACGUCGAGGUUACUGGCAAGGAAUACGAGACGCUGGGCCCCCUGCAGGUCUCCAAGAUCAUGGCAGCCCUCGCCAAGAAGGAGGAGGCGAAGCUCGUCAUCCUGGGAAAACAGGCCAUCGAUGAUGACUGCAACCAGACUGGCCAGAUGACCGCAGCCCUGCUAGACUGGCCUCAGGGAACAUUUGCCUCUGAAGUCACAAUAGACGGGGAUAAGAUCAAGAUAGUGAGAGAGAUCGACGGUGGGUUGGAAACCAUUCAAAUCAACAUGCCAGCCGUGGUGACCGCAGACCUGCGUCUCAACACACCCAGAUACGCUACCUUGCCCAACAUCAUGAAAGCCAAGAAGAAGAAGAUAGCCAACGUGAAGCCCGCAGACCUCGGGGUGGACCUGACGUCGCGCAUCGAGACCGUGAGCGUAGACGACCCCCCUCAGAGACUGGCGGGGGUGAAAGUGGAGACCGUGGACGACCUGGUAGCCAAACUCAAGGAGGCGGGCAACAUAUAGACGCUGCAGGACCAGACAUGAGCGUGGUGACGCAUCAAAGGGGUUUUCCACUGUGGAACCAAGACAGAUUCUUCUAAAGUUGGGUGUGAUGUCACCAAAUCUGCCUGGCUCCACCCCCAUGGCCAGUGUUCCACCACCCACCUGCCACUCUCUGCUGGUGUCUCCGCCUCUCAGUCCUGCUGCAGCAGACAUGAGAUAUCAAAAAGUUGCCGAGAGAUCCCGUCUCCUUGAAGACUGCCUUUUGUCAAGGGUGUUUUAUUUCUUUUUAUAAAUAAAGCUGCUUUUCUACCAGGUAAUGCACUAUUACUGUGUGUAUGAGUUGAUGGAUUAAGAGGCCAAUCGCUCUCUCGCGCAGACAUCAUGUAUUGAUCCAGCUAUUCCAUUCUCAUUUGGUGCCUGACCUGUAAAUCUACUGUUAUGAGUAAAUAAAUAGUUUGAAUGUUCAAACCUGUUAUGAUCAUCUCACGGGUUAAGUUCAUAGUGUAAGCUACUGUAUGUAGUUUCCAUAUUAAGUUACCUGUUUCACGUGGGCCCAGUGGGAUACAGUGCAUGACUGGAGCUCCUGAGAGCUGCAUUAUACUGGUGUCUCCUCAGUUUAUGUAAAGUGUAUCUUGUUGUUAAGCAUCUACAUGCACAAGGCAGUCUUGACUAGAUUGUGUCUCUCAGCAAAGAGAUGAGUGAUAGAAGGAUUUAAGAAAGAAAAAAACAUGUAACCGUAAGCGCCUCUAACUGUUCUCUACUUGUACAGAACCCAUCCAGAACAAUAAAGAUCUGUUUUUCCUUA